CGAUCUGUGCGAUAUGUGUCCGCCGCCACGGAAGCCAGUGCGGUGAGAUUAAGCUCACCAAAGAGGUAAUGACCCGUGCGUUUUCUUAGGCGUUCACUCUCAUUCCGAAACUCGUCCUCAUGAACCCUUGCAAUUGCCAACUCUUCCAUCCCUCGAUUGUAUUAGAGGAGUUGUCCUCAUAAUGGCGACCACCACAGAACCCCAAGCUGUCCCAGCAACAGAUACACUGCUUAAUGAAAAAGUAGCCUCUCUUACCGUUUCCGAUGAUGCGACACCAGCGGGCUCCUCCGAUAACUCCGAAAAGACCUCCGAAGUGGCUCCUGGCCCAGCUGUAGUUGCACCUGAGCUAUCCUCGAAGCCCGUCGCAACCGAGACUCCGAAGGAUGACGAAGUGUUCAAGCUGCCAAUUGCACACCCGCUCGAUACGUGCAAGCCUGGGUCUCCACCGGAGCCCACAGCAGAGCAGCAGAAGAAAUAUGACACUGUCCUUGCCGCCGUCGAGGCAUGGACUGAGAUACCGGACACUGCAAAAGGCACCUCCAAAGCACCCCUGACCGACGAAGAGCGCAUGUGGUUGACUCGCAAUUGCCUCCUUCGAUACCUUCGUGCUACCAAAUGGGCUCCAAAUGAAGCCAUUACUCGUUUACAGGCCACACUGACAUGGAGACGGGAGUUUGGUAUAUAUGACAAGAUCACUGCAGAACACACGGCGCCCGAGAAUGAGACUGGGAAACAAGUGAUUAUAGGGUACGACAUCAACGGAAGACCAUGUCUGUACCAGGAUCCCUCAAAACAAAACACUCAAGAGUCUGAGAGACAGGUUCACCACUUAGUGUAUCUACUUGAAAGGGCGAUCGAUAUCAUGCCUCCUGGACAGGAGACUUUGGCCCUCGUCAUCAAUUUUGCAAAUUCCAGCCGCAAGACGAGCCCAUCCAUGGCCAUGUCUCGUAAUGUGCUCAACAUUCUGCAGACAUACUAUCCGGAACGCCUUGGAAGAGCGCUCAUCUCUCAAUUGCCCAUGAUUAUCAGCAUGUUUUUCAAGGUGAUCACACCAUUUAUAGACCCUCUCACUAGGGAGAAGAUUCGAUUCAACGAACCGUACACUAGCAAUAUCCCGCCAUCGCAAUUGUUGAAAUCUUGGGGUGGUGAAGCUAACUUUGAAUACGAGCACGACGUUUACUGGCCGGCAUUGGACGCAUUCGCAAAGCAGCGCAAGGAAGCCUUCCGGGAGCGCUGGAUCGCCAGGGGAAAGAAGAUUGGUGACGAUGAGUGGAUCUUGAAGGGUGGUAGUCCUCAAUGAAGGUCCCGUUCUACUCGUCUGUAGGUCGAUUCUUUUCGUAAUUUGGCAGGCUAUACAAUGUCGAUGUCCACAUAGCAUAGCGCAAGAUUGGUAAUAGACUAUAUAGACAUACCUGAUACUAGUACCACGAACUUGCUCUUUAUUCCCACUGACACAGGAUGGAAGUCCUCGAAUAUUGGCCUCUUCCCAGGUCUAGACGCGAAGUAAUUAGAGAUGGACGUCAGUGUAAC